AUGGCUGGAUACAAUCCAAUAUUAUAUCCAAAUGGAGAACAUCCAGAUCAUGUUGUUGUCAUCAAGUAUGUUCCAUCUGUUGGUGAUUCAAAGCGUGCUCUAGAUGAGUAUGAUUCGGACAUCUUCUGUGGUGGCAAGAACAUCAUCUCUGUUCACAACACAUGCGAAGAUUCACUUCUUGCUGCUCCUUUGAUGCUCGACCUCAUCAUCCUCAUGGAACUAUUCACACGUGUUGAACUCAAAGAUGAGACAAUGAAGGAAUUCCAUCACAUGAACGCUGUCUACUCAGUUCUUUCCUUCCUCCUUAAAGCUCCACGAACACCAACAGGCACACCAGUCAUCAACUCACUCUUUCAGCAAUGUGAAACUUGA